UUGAAUUUAUACUGCAUAAUCAUAUGCCCAAAAUAAUGAUAUAAUAAGGUAGACGAAAAACAAGAAGCGCAAAAAGAAAGUUCACAUACACAUAAUGGGAAAUGGUUACAGCGGCCGGAAUACCAAUCUUGGCAUUAAUUGUCCCAACUUUGACUCCGGCGCCACUGGUACCACCGCACGCUGGAGAGACCUCCUUGAGGUUUCCAUGGGCAAUUGGAAAGAAGAUGAUCACACAGAAAUUUGGAGUGUGAGUUACAAAGUAGGCAAAAAAUUAGAGUAUGGUUGUGGUUUCCAUCUGCGAACAAAACACGACAACAAUGGCGUUGAGAGUAUAAAUUUUUUAUUAGGUGACAACGCUGAUAUCAGGUCUGGUUUUUCCUUGGAUAUCACAAGAGCUGGAAGGGAUGGUCUCCAUGGAGGAAUAACAGGUGUUACAACUUCUGGGAUAUAUAAAUCUUCUAGAACCGUUAAACAAGAUUACUCCAUAGAGACUACUAUAUUGUUUCGUAUGAUAAUUCAUAUAGUGACACUCUUUGUUCUACAAAUGAAGAAAAGGAAGAACCAUGAAAAUGCUUGUAUGGUGACUAUGGCACACUAUUAUGUUACCAAAGGUGUUGGUCUUUCUGCUGCGGCAAAAAUUUAUCUUAGUAAAGGAAAAGGUUUCGUAUUUGAAGUGAAAGGUCCUUUCAAACACCCAAGUGAUGAUUUGCGUCGAGUUAUCGCUGAAACUUGUCGAACCGGCAUAUGGUGUCCUGGAGCAAAAUCUAGUUAUACAAAACAACAAGAUUGCAGUUCAUCCUUGGAGAACAAUGGCAUUGUAAGGACAAAUCAAUCUUAUAAUUUCUCAUAAUAAAAUUCAAACUAAAAGCCUACACGAGGUCUAUGAUUUAAAUAAUCCUGGCGCUACCUUAAUUUCAUGAUAAAACUACUCGCUCAAGAUAAAGAUAACACAAGCAUAAUCAUCAUGGAUAUAAACAUUUGUAUAAAAUAAAGUAAGAACUAAUAAGCAAUGAAAAAUAAUAAAAAUAGUA